GUGUGGUGUGUGUCCGCGCGUUGUUGUUCCGGGAGAUCUUUUUUUCUCUCCCCUCUCCCUCUCGAGCGGUACACGUCCGUCCCCGAGGUUUAUUACGAGUAUACUGCCCUCGCGCCGUCAUCUUACGCGCGGGACGUCGUCUCGCGCUUCUUUCACCGUUCCCGGUCGAUUCGUUGCGCGUGCAUACGUCGGGACGGGCGCCGGGCGAGCGGGGCCCCAUCAUCGGGAUCACGGGAUAGAAAGAUGCGACUAAGGAUACGCUGGAUACUUCUGGUUAGCACGGCUGCGGUGAUCCUCGCGGGAUGCGGCGCCGCUACCGAGAAGGAGCAGACCACCGACAGCAAACAGAGGACGUCGGCGAGCUCGACUUACAACACUUUCCCGGAUGACCUAUACUUGGAUGAUCAGGACGCCUUAGAGGGUUCCGGCCGAGGUGGCAGCGACAAUCGCGACGACCUCGAAGCUUCGGGUAGCGGCCUUGGCCCUGACGACGAGGACGGGGAAGACGACCACGAGUUCACUGGUAAUAACGGAUUAGAAGUCCCCAGCAAGCCGACCGAAGCGAGACCUCCAUACGUCGUCGACGAGACAAAUGUCAAAACUAAACAACAUACGACCAUUGAAACCGUGAACCGACCCAGCAACGAGGUCAACAUAGGCGAGCCCUCAGGCACGGAUGACGAUCGCAGCACCGACGAUAUCCACGAGGUCUACAUCAUGAAUCCGAAACCUGGGGACCGUGCCAGCUCGUUCUUUGCGCAGCCAGGCGUACUAGCCGCUGUGAUCGGCGGCGCGGUAGUAGGCCUCCUCUGCGCGAUAUUGGUGGUCAUGUUCAUCGUGUACCGGAUGCGCAAGAAGGACGAGGGCUCGUAUGCCCUGGACGAGCCAAGAAGAUCACCUGCGGCGCAGGCCUUCCCCAAGCCGGGCGCGCCUCAUCACAAUCGAGAGUUCUACGCUUGAGGCGAUGGCGGUGCGAUGGCGACUUCGCCGAUUCCUCUCGCGAUCUCACGAUGCCAAGCCGAGUAAAAACCCACCGACGAUCAACGCCCGCUUUUGGAAUCCCGCUGAUCGAUGGUGAAACAAUUAUUACGGCAAACUGCAUGGCACGCGCUCAUUAUAGACUCUCCCAAAACGCAAAGUUUUACCCGAGGAACGUCACUCAGAAUGUCGGCCGAUUCUCGAUUACAAUUUCUCUUGACUCUAGGAAACUGUAUUUUCUUACGCGCUGUAUUUCAUCGUGUUCAAAAUAAGAUGUACGCGAGUAAGAGAGUUUGAGGCAAGACGAAUUUGCGGUUUUCGGCCGAUAGACCGUUCACCGUACAUUGAACUUUUCCAGCUUGACGCUCCAGUCACUUCGCCCUUCACAUUUCUAUAUAUACCUUCCCUUUCGUUGUCCUGACUUUAACCGCAUUCGCUGAUCUUUGAAAAGAUCCUCUGCGGAGUGUAAUCAUCCUGGCUAGUGACUGAAGCGACGGACAAUGAACGACGAGACUAUGGCUCAUAUAGGUAUAUCCCGUCGAGACAUCGUCGGCGAGGUUGCACCAAUUUCAAGAUGCAUUUACAAGCGUAUUUAAAGAGCGCGUGUGUAUAUUAUAUAUAUUGUAUAUAUAUACGCGCGCGCGCACGUGUAUGUAUACGUAUGUAUACAUGUACAGGACUGAGAGCGUGAAAAUUCGUGGGCGAUAAACGCCGCUGCUAUGUCGUUAAUCAUUCUGUCUCCCGGUGGAAGGAGGGAAGGGAAGAAGGAUCGUUGCGGCGUCGUGAUUUCUCUCCGACAGCAAGAGCAGCGAGGAGUUAAACUGCAACCUCGUUCGCGCGUCGCUGCUAUUCUGUUUUUUUUUUAAUUUACAAUAUUUAUUUCUUUGAUAUGAACGUUUAAUACUGAGUUCGACAAAGAUUUAGGUCCUUUUAUUGCGUGUUCAUGUGCCGAUAGAGGUGAAAACGGUGGGACUCGUUGACCAUAUUGAUCGAUUGCAGAGAGGAUAAAAAGGGCGCCUAUAUUAAGAAUAUGUGUUAAGCAUUAAUUGUAGCGCGACCGCAUCGACCUACAUCACGUAUUCCGAGGAAGACAAAAAGUUUAAUGUUGCAUUUCUAGAAAUUAUGUAAGUGCUGUAUAAAAUGAUUUAGAAUUUAUUUGGUCGAUCGGUCGCAGGUAUUGUACAUAUCUUUAUAAAAAAAAUAGCUAUUAUUUCUGAAAGAUAUAUAAGAUUUUAUACGUAUUUCUC